GCAUAGGAAAUGCUCGUAGACCAAUCACAUCUGUGUUUACACCAUCACCUGUCAAACACACGCCCUCUGCUAUAUUUUCUCUCUGAAAGGAGCUGAAACACACACUCACACUGAAGCGCCUACGGUAGCCGCUAACUGGACGGACUCUCUGGCAAUUGACCUUUUGCAGCGGAAUAGCGGAACAAGUCUUAAACCAUGAGCUCAGUGGCAGUGUUGACCCCGGAGAGCUUUGCAGAGCAUCGCAGUGGCCUGAAGGACCAGGAGAAUACAGGCUGCGUCCCGGAGGAUGAGGCCUACAUCCCCACCUACCUGGAGGCCUUCCCUCCGCUGCCGGAGAAGGGAGCGCCGGGAGAAAAGGCGGGGGAGCCGGCUUCAGCGUGGGGGAGCAAGAUCAGGCCCAUCAAAGCCUCUGUCAUCACCCAGGUGUUCCAUGUUCCCCUGGAGGAGCGCCGCUACAAGGACAACAGCCAGUUCGGGGAGGGCGAGGAGGCCAAAGUGUGCCUGGACAUCAUGCAGCGGACGGGGGCCCACAUCGAGCUGUCUCUGGCGAAAGACCAGGGCUUGUCCAUCAUGGUCACCGGCAAACUGGACUCCGUCAUGAAGGCUCGCAAGGAAAUCGUAGCUCGCCUGCAGACACAGGCCUCAGCUACGGUCGCCAUCCCGAAGGAACACCACCGCUUUGUCAUCGGUAAGAACGGCGAGAAGCUGCAGGAGCUGGAGCUGAAGACCGCCACCAAGAUCGCUAUUCCGCGCCCUGACGACCCCAGCGCUAACAUCCGCAUCACCGGCACCAAGGAGGGCAUCGAGAAGGCCCGCCACGAGAUACUCCUGAUCUCUGCUGAACAGGACAAGCGUGCAGUGGAGCGUCUCUCCCUGGAGAAGGCCUUCCAUCCCUUCAUCGCCGGCGCCCACAACAGACUGGUGCAGGAGCUGAGCCAGGAGACGGGGGCCCGCAUCAGCAUCCCGCCCCCCAGCCUGCCCAAGGACGAGAUCGUCAUCACCGGGGAGAAGGAGGCCGUCGCCCUGGCGCUCAGCCGCAUCCGAGCCAUCUACGACGACAAGAAGAGGAAGACCACCACCAUCUCCGUGGAGGUGAAGAAGUCUCAGCAUAAGUACAUCAUCGGGCCAAAGGGCAACACCCUGCAGGAGAUCCUGGAGACCACGGGGGUGUCUGUGGAGAUGCCUCCUCUGGACUCCAGCUCCGAGACCAUCAUCCUCAGAGGGGAACCAGACAAGCUAGGGCCGGCGCUUACACAGGUGUACGCUAAGGCGAAGAGUGUGAUGGUGGUGGAGGUGACCGCCCCGGCCUGGCUGCAUCGCUUCAUCAUCGGCAAGAAAGGACAGAACAUCGGGCGCAUCACACAGCAGCUGCCGCGGGUUCACAUAGAGUUUACAGACGGCGAGGAGCGCAUCAGUCUGGAAGGGCCAACUGCGGAGGUGGAGCAGGCUCAGGCCCAGAUACAGGAGAUCAUCAAGGACCUGCUGGUAAGGAUGGACUACACCGAGGUCAUCAUAGACCAGCGCUUCCACAGACACCUCAUCGGAAAGAACGGAACCAACAUCAAUCGGAUCAAGGAGCAGUACAAAGUGUCGGUGCGGAUCCCCCAGGACUCUGAACGGAGCGGCCUGGUCCGGAUCGAGGGCGACCCUAAGGGAGUCCAGAUGGCACGACGAGAGCUCAUUGAGAUGGUCCAGAGAAUGGAGAACGAGCGCACCAAAGACCUGAUCGUGGAGCAGAAGUUCCAUCGGACAAUCAUCGGCCAGAAGGGAGAGAAGAUCAAAGAAGUUCGAGACAAGUUCCCCGAGGUCAUUAUCAAUUUCCCCGACCCAGCGCAGAAGAGUGACAUCGUCCAGCUGAGGGGGCCGAAGAACGAGGUGGAGAAAUGUGCAAAGUUCCUGCAGAAAAUCAUCGCUGACCUGAUUGAGAAUAGCUUCUCGCUCUCAGUUCCCAUCUUCAAGCAGUUCCACAAAAACAUAAUCGGCAAAGGCGGCGCCAAUAUUAAAAAGAUCCGGGAGGAGACCACCACUAAGAUCGACCUGCCGACAGAGAACAGUAACUCGGAGAUGAUCGUCAUCACCGGCAGGAAGAGCAACUGUGAGGCGGCCAGAGAGCGAAUCCUCGCCAUCCAGAGAGAACUGGCCAACAUUAAGGAGGCGGAGGUGGCCAUCCCUUCCAAGCUGCACAACUCUCUGAUCGGCUCUAAAGGCUGCCUGGUGCGCUCCAUCAUGGAGGACUGCGGCGGCGUCCACAUCCAUUUCCCCUCUGAAGGAUCCGGCUCGGAUAAGGUCACCAUCAGAGGGCCCGUCGGGGAGGUGGAGAAGGCCAAGAAACAGCUGCUGCAGCUGGCGGAGGAGAAGCAAGUCAACAACUUCACCGCGGAGCUUCAGGCCAAACCAGAGUAUCAUAAGUUCCUGAUUGGCCGCGGCGGGGCUAAUAUUCGCAGAGUGCGGGACAAGACCGGGGCCCGCAUCAUCUUCCCUUCACCGGACGACACAGAGCAGGAACUCAUCACCAUCGUAGGGAAGGAGGAAGCCGUGCGUCUGGCCCAGAAGGAGCUGGAAAGUCUGGUCAAAAACCUGGACGACGUGGUGGAGGACAGCAUGGUCGUAGAUGUUCGCCACCACCGCCACUUUGUGUGUCGGAGAGGCCAGGUGCUGCGGGAGCUGGCGGAGGAGUACGGAGGCGUGGCCGUCAGCUUCCCCCGCACCGGAGCCAACAGUCAGCGGGUCACUCUGAAGGGGGCCAAGGACUGCGUGGACGCCGCCAAGAAACGCAUUCAGGAGAUCAUCGAGGACCUGGAGUCCCAGGUGAGUGUGGAGGUGGCCAUCCCCCAGCGCUACCACCGGGCCAUCAUGGGACCCAAAGGCUGCCGCAUCCAACACAUCACCAGGGAGCACGAGGUCCAAAUUAAGUUCCCGGAGAGGGACGACGGCGCUGCAGGUCAGGAACGCGACACACGAGAGAACAAGACCGGCGGCUGUCAGGAUGCUCCACCACAGGAAAACGGUGAGGUCAGUCCAGAGGCGGAUUUCGUCCCCCGCAAAUGUGACAUCAUCACCAUCGCUGGGCGUGAAGAGAAGUGUGAUCUGGCUAGAGCCGCCCUGCUAGCGCUGGUGCCCAUAACGGAGGACGUGGAAGUGUCUUACGAGCUGCAUCGCUACAUCAUCGGCCAGAAAGGCAGCGGGAUCAGGAAGAUGAUGGAGGAAUACGAGGUGAACAUCUGGGUGCCGCAGCCGGAGAAGCAGAUGGAUGUGAUCAAGGUGACGGGGCUGGAGGCCAACGUGGAGCGGGCCAAACAGGGUCUGCUGGAGAGGGUGAAAGACCUGCAGGCGGAGCAGGAGGACAGGGCCCUGCGCAGUUUCAAGGUGACCAUGUCCGUUGAUCCAAGGUUCCAUCCUAAGAUUAUCGGCCGUAAAGGAGCGGUGAUAUCUCAGAUCAGGAAAGACCACGACGUCAGCAUCCAGUUCCCCGACAAAGGAGACGAGCAGCAGGAUGUGAUUGUGAUCUCUGGGUACGAGCGUAACGUGGAGGAGGCAAGCCAAGCCAUCCAGCAGCUGGUGGCCGAGUUGCAGGAGAUGGUGAGCCAAGAUGUGCGCCUGGACCCCAGGACCCACGCUCGCAUCAUCGGAGCCCGGGGCAAAGCCAUCCGCAAGCUGAUGGAGGAGUUCAAAGUGGAUAUCAGGUUCCCUCAGCCAGGCUCCGACGAGCCCGACAAAGUGACGGUGACCGGCCUUCCCGAGACUGUGGACAACGCUGUGGACCACCUGCUCAACCUGGAGGAGGAAUAUAUGCUCAGCGUGACAGAGACGGAGACCUUGGCAGCUUACAUGAAGCCUCCAUCUCGCUAUGGAGGGCCCGGGGGAGCAGGAGGAGGUGAUGACAGCAGCGGGGGUCCGGCUAAGGGCUUUGUUGUGCGGGACGCCCCUUGGAAUGCAUCAGGGAACAAGGCUCCUGAUAUGAGCAGCGCGGAGGAUUUCCCCACGUUUGGAACAAGUGUGGCCCCGAAGCAAACGUCCGCCUGGGGCCCCAAGAAGUUCUGAAGCCGCUCAUCCUGCAGGAAAACUAAAGAAUAACUUCUGUAAAGUAGAUGAUGAGAGACGAAACAAAUCUCAAAUCAAAUUGCUGCUCGCCUUCCUCCCCUUCUCCUCCUCCUCCUCUUUUUUAGUGACCUCCCUUUGUCCCUCUUUCUCUGUAAAGCCCUUGUACCAUCCUCCCACAACCAGCCACAAUGAAUUCUGGGAGAUCUAUCCCUUCUUUCUUUUCCAUCUGUCUCUUCCCCCCGAGAGGAGAAAAAAAGAACAUUGAGUGCUCUCUUCAUAGUUUUGCUGUUCUGCUUAGCCUCUCGGUUGCACCACCCCUGACGUUCUAGCUGAAAUAUCUCAAAGCAAACUCCUCCUCAAAAUCGAACUCGCUAAAGUGCAUUGUACAUUUUUAAACUCUUCAAAACUUGCUGAAUCAGAGGAGUGGGAUCAGAGAAAACUGGGCUUUCAGGGGGGUGGUGAUUGUGUAUCCAAGGAACAAAAGCGAAAUCUUGGAGCUAAAAAAAGAAAAGAUGGUGGUUCUGUUUUACUGUGCAGGAAAGGUUUGUUCUUUUCCUGUGGUUUAUACAAGGGGAAUGGCUCUUUAAAGUCACUAGUGUGGUGCAGCAGGUGAGGCAAUGAGCUGUGUGUGUGUGUGUGUGUGGGGGGGAGGGGGUUCAGGAGAGGUUUUUUUUACCCACAAGUGUUUGUAGAUCCCCCUUCUUAUUUAUGUCGGAGUUGGGAGCAAAAACAGCUGCUGUAGUCAAAUAACUGGAGCUUUUCUUUUUAAGUGAUACUGAAUCAGAAGAUGUGGACAUCCUUGCCGACCGUUUUUUCCUGAAGGUCAUUUUGUCACUGUUUUAUUUAUUCGAAAAUGAGCCAUUUUAUUUCAACUACUGUGAUCAUUCGUUUUUAUAAAAGCCCUCACUGUAGCUUGAUGCUUACAACCUUAUGUUCGGGAGUGAAUGUCGUGCGUCAGGGUUCGGGAAACAUGUUAACAGUUAUGUGGAAGUGUACAAAGAACUUUUCGCUAUUUUUUUAAGCUGUCUGGGACUUUUGUUGUCGUUGGUUUCUGGCAUAUUUGGAAGUUUGUAUGUAUGUGUGCGCGCGUGGAAGUUAAAAUGUAUAUUUGAAUGAAGCUGAACCAAACUUUUA